AUGCCGGCCCUGCCCAGGCUGCUCCUGGCUGUUCACACGCUGUAUGCGAGAUGCGCUUCACAACCACAGCAUUCAAUUCAAGUCCAUGCUGGCGGUGAGGUAACAAAUGUUUCCCAUGACUUUACGAUGACAAGCGCCGCCAACGUAGCAGGUGCCAAAGGACACCUCAUCCGCUCUGCGAAGCUGAUUCAAGAUGAUGUCGAUGCUGAGGUGGAGGCAGAAGAACACGCGGAAGAAGAGAUCGUCUCCAAUGAAAGCUCUGCAGACUGGCAGCUUGCAGUCUAUGUGUCAAGGCAUAAUGUGAUGAUGUACAAUUGGGGAGGAUGGACCAACUGCAAUGAGUUUGAUGCUGGCGGCGACAAGAAGACGAAGUUCUAUUGCGUCAGGGCAAAGAAGAUCAAAGUCACUUUCGAAGGGGCCCCGCGAGGAGAGUUCACUUACAGCCCCAACGGCAAAAAGACCUUGAAGGACAUGCUCACCGGAAGAUAUGUGGUUCACGGUGACGUUAAUCACUGGCGAGCAGUGACGAAGAAUUGCUACCAAUCUAACUGCAAUGCAAGAGGCUUCCAGCCCUUGAAUAGGUGCCGCUACGGUUUCGUCACAAACAACGAGAAUGAUUGUAAUUCUUGCGACCACUCUGCUGGCGUCGGAUGCAAUUUGGUUGCGACAGGCAGCAAAGCUUCUUGCUGUUCUACUAGAGGACCAGGCUGCCACGAGAACUUCAAGACCAAGAUCGAGAUUCUGCCGGUGACCUGCGACAAAGAUGUGUGCGCGGACGGUGAAGUUCUGAAGGAGGAGGGCCUACCAGAGUUCUGCGAAGGCGAAGAGUGCACGAGCGACGAAUGCUGUGCGACCACCACUACCACGACGACUGCGAAGAGCGGUGCUUUCGGAACAAGGAUGCCUCCGCUUUUGCUGCUGAGCCCAUUGGCGGCGUGGCUGGCGAGGUAUUUGUAG